AUGGCACGCUCCUCGAUCGUCCAGGAAUACACUCCGCCGCAGCGCUCCGUCACCUUCACCGUCGACCGCAAAACCGCCCACGAGCGCGCUCACAAUGGCAUCACCCGUCCCAAGGGCUACCGGGUCUCCUGGCACGCCAACCCGGCCGUCGAGCCGCACCACUUCGGCCAGUCGCACCCCAUGAAGCCCUGGCGCCUCACCCUCACCAAGCAGCUGGUCAUGGCCUACGGCAUGCACUACGCCAUGGAUCUGUACCUGACCCGCGCCGCUACGUUCGAGGAGAUGGCUGAGUUCCACAAGGAGGACUACCUGGAAUUCCUGCGCCAGGUCGUCCCGGCCGACAUGGAGGCGCCCGAGCAGAGCGACCGCAUCGCUAGCUACAACAUCGGCGACGACUGUCCCAUCUUCGACGGCCUGUACAACUACUGUUCUCUCUACGCAGGGGGCACCAUCGACGCUGCGCGCAAGCUCGUCAACAAUCAGUCCGAGAUCGCCAUCAACUGGUCCGGUGGUCUGCAUCACGCGAAAAAGGCCGAGGCCAGCGGGUUCUGCUACGUGAACGACAUCGUCCUGGGCAUCCUGCAGCUGCUGCGCCAUCACCCGCGGGUCAUGUACAUCGACAUCGACGUCCAUCACGGCGACGGCGUGGAGCAGGCCUUCUGGUCGACGGACCGGGUGCUGACCGUGUCCUUUCACAAAUACGACAAAGACAAUUUCUUCCCCGGCACGGGCGCGCUCGACAGCACCGGACCCGCGCACCCGCUCAACCCCGGUGCCCACCACGCUAUCAACGUGCCGCUGAACGACGGUAUCGAGGACGCUGACUAUCUGCAGCUGUUCAAGGAGGUUGUCGGCUCGUGCGUCGAGACCUACCGGCCAGGCGCGAUUGUCCUGCAGUGCGGCGCCGACAGCCUCGGAUGCGACCGUCUGGGCUGCUUCAAUCUGAACGUGACGGGCCACGGCUCCUGCGUCGAGUACGUCAAGACAUUUGGGAUCCCGCUGCUGGUGGUUGGCGGGGGUGGGUACACGCCGCGCAACGUGUCGCGAGCCUGGGCGCACGAGACGUCCAUCCUCAUCGACGCCGCCGACAAGAUCGACCCCAACAUCCCCGAGACGGUCGCGUUCCGCAACCACUUCGGCCCGGACUACAGCCUGUUCCCGCCGCUGUCGGAGAUGCGCCGGAUCGAGAACAAGAACUCCAAGGCGUACCUGGCCAGCGUGGUGGCGGCCGUCAAGGAGCAGCUGCGGUACAUGAAGGGGGCCCCCAGCGUGCAGAUGAGUUUUAUCCCGCCGGACAUUCUGGGCCUGCGGGAGGACAUGGAGAAGGAGAUCGAAGAGGAGCGGGAGCUACUGGAGCAGGAGCGCGAAGACCGCGACGGCGCCGGAGUUCCAACUUCUUCACGAGCAGAAAGAAGCCGACGACGAGAACUGGAACGGGGACUUGGCACGAGAGGCGAAUUAGCGACGUAG